AUGGAUAAAAUCGAAACACCAAAGUUUGAAAAAGACUCGUAUGUACUCAGAGACGAGGAAAAUCAAUUGAAAAUACAAAAAGAUGAUGCUUGGUGGAAAUUUUGGAAAAAACAUCGUAUAGUUAUUGCAAUAUUAGCAUUUUUUGGUUUUUUUACUUUGAUGGUUUUACGAGUUAAUCUUAGUAUUGCAAUAAUUGCCAUGACAACAAGUGACACUGAUGAACAACCGGAAUUUCAAUGGGAACCAAGAACUCGAGGUUUUAUAUUGAGUUCUUUUUUUUAUGGUUAUAUUUGUUGCCAGCUUUUGGGAGGCUGGUUGAGUUCAAAACUUGGUGGAAAAAAAGUAUUUGGAUAUGGAAUUGGUGUUGCAACUCUUUUGGCAUUACUUACACCACCUUUGACACGUAUAAGCGGGAUCGCAUCACCGGCCAUAAGUUCCAUUUGGGCCGGUUGGGCUCCUCCUCUGGAGCGAACGAGGCUCACAACUGUUGCUCACACUGGUAGUGCCAUUGCUAUGCUUGUUGGUUUACCAAUAUCUGGAAUAGUUGCUGAUCAUUUUGGAUGGGCAUCUAUGUUUUAUGUUUCAAGUUCAUUGGGAAUUUUUUGGUUUGUCAUGUGGAUGUACUUUGUCUCAGAUAGACCUGAAGACGAUUCUCGAAUAUCACCAUCUGAACUUGCUUAUCUCAAGAAAACUCUCAAUCCGAACAAUGACAAAAAGGUUGUUUCACAUCCAUGGAAAGAAAUCCUCAAAUCACCAGCUGUGUGGGCCAUUUUUAUUGUUCAUUUCAGUGAAGCUUGGGGGCAUAACACAAUGGUUACACAGCUUCCAUCAUUAAUGCGUGAUGUUUUAGGUUAUAAAAUUCAAAAAACUGGAAUUAUCUCAGCACUCCCAUAUAUUGCAACGACUGUUACAAUGGUGAUUUCAAGUUACCUUGCUGAUUGUUUGGUUUCGAAAAAAUAUUUAACAACAACUCAGAUGAGAAAACUUUUAACUUGUGGUGCAUCUUUAUUACAAGCAAUUUUUAUGACAGCGGCAGGUUACUUUUGCGCAGACCCAACUAUAUUAAUGGUUUGCAUUUUUAUAUCAUAUUCUGCAUAUGGAUUUGCUGUCUCUGGAUUUCUCGUUAAUUACCUGGAUAUUGCACCUCAACAUGCUAGUGUUUUAAUGGGUUUGGGUAACACAAUUGCAACAAUUUCUGGAAUAAUUAGUCCAAAUCUUACUGGUUAUAUUGUUAAGAACAAGUCUGCUGAUGAAUGGAAGAUUGUACUUAUGAUCGUAGGAAUAAUCUAUCUAAUUGGAGCAUUGAUUUAUGGAACAUUUGCAUCUGGUAAAAGACAAAAAUGGGCAAUUGUUCUCAAUGAACAAGAGUCACGUCGUAAAUUUAUACAAACUCAAGAUACAGACGACAAUGCAGAUUAA